AUGAAGCGUUCGCAAUUGAGUGGUGCACAAAAACGAAAACACGUAGAAGAGAAUAAAAGAAAAAUAGCAGAAACAAUAAGCAAAACAAAAAAGUUAACAAGUUUUUUCCGUCCCGAUCAAUCUGAACCACCGCCAUCAGUUGAUAUUCCAAUUCCAGGGACGUCAAAAAACAGUGAAGAAAAUUUUACGAUUCAAGAACCUUCUGAUUCUGAAAGCUUGAAUAAUACUGAAGAUAGAAAAGACAAAAUUGUAAUUAACAGAGCACCAAAUCAAGAAAAUGACCCAGGGCUAUGGCGUGAGGUUUCAAACGUUGACGAGCAAAAUUGGCUAUCUUGCGGACCAAAUGACUGUCAAAAUCAUAUUAGUUCAUUUGAGAAAUCCCGUCGAACUUAUGGUUCAACGUCGCGUUACUGCCAUGAAAAAGUAUUUAUUGGCCAAAAGCCUAAUGGCGAAAACUACAAAAGAGAGUGGCUACUUUAUUUGCCUUCUACAGGAUCCCUUUACUGUUUUAUAUGUAAGCUUUUUGGUUCAGAUAAAUCUUCAGUUUUUGAUAUAUCAACAGGUUUUAGUGACUGGAGGAAUACCAAAGUAAUGAUUGAAGGUCAGGAAAAGAGUUCUAGUCACAGAGAUUGUCUAUUAACAUAUUUAACACGCAGGAAAGGUUUGAGCUUGCAUCAAGGUUUUGAUAAGCAAGUUCAUGAAGAGAAUGUUUACUGGAAGCACGUAUCACAGCGAGUUAUAGCUGUUAUUCGUACAUUGGCAGAAAGAGGCCUUCUUUUUCGCGGUGCAGUCGAGAAAUUUGGAUCUCCUCAGAAUGGAAAUUUUGGAGCGUUACUGGAACUUAUAAGUCAAUUUCAUCCCUUUUCAGCGGCACACAUAACCAAAUAUGGAAAAACCGGAAAAGGAAACGUCUCUUAUUUAUCUAAAACGAUUUACGAAGAGUUGAUUAUGAUAAUGGCCCAAGAAGUACAUGGGAAAAUUAUAUCGCAGAUAAAAGAUACUAGAUAUUAA